GACGCGUGACGCUCUGAUCCUAAACCUAAGCCUGUUCUCCGCACUCACCCCGCACGAAGGGUCGCCUACGUCUGCACGAUACAUAUACCAACAACCUCUAGGUGAAGUCAGAGAAAGCUCUUUCUGAUUACUGAGCUCUGAAUUGACCGUGUCUGAUCAGCCUCACGCCGCCACCGCUGCUCAGGGUCAUGCAGGUUCUUCGAGAUAUUCCGCACACCACAUCCCUCUGCACCAGAUGCGUCAACGCAUUCUCCAGCAGGCUCGGCUCAGCAGAUCUACGCAAUCGUGCCCGUGAUGCGCAGACACCGCCCACUGCGCUCGAAAUCGAUACGCUCAGAUCGAGUUUAUCCCAGAUGUACGACGAUCUGCGCGUAUGCGAUCGAAAGAUCGAAGUCUUGGAGUCUGCCCUUUCCUCCCUUCGUCGACAUAGGGGUCUGAUAGCGUCUACCGCGACGAAUAUAUCCAAAUUGCUCUCCACCAUUCAUAUGUUGCCCCAGGAGGUUCUCGAGCAGAUCGCCGGCUACACGCUCCCGUCGGGCUGGUAUACGGAUGACAUUGGGAAAAGGACAUGGGCGUUCACGCAGGUAUGCCGCGAAUGGCGGAAGCUUGCGCUCGCAAUGCACUGGCCAUGGGCGCAUAUCCGUCUGGGCUAUCAGCCAUAUGACGGAUGGUGGAGCGAGACGAAGAAUGAAGCAAUUACGGAUGUUGUUGAGACCUACUUGCAGCGUUCGGGACAACACCCUCUCACCCUUGUAAUCUCGGGCACCCUGACUUCGCACUCUGUUCCGGCACUCUGGGAUGCGCUCAUGCGCCACGCGCAGCGCAUAGUCUCCAUUGUGGGCGUUGACUCGAACCACCGUGGGUAUUCUUACGGGUACAGGGUGCCUUUGACUGUUCAUUUUCCUACUCUUCGGAAACUUAUACACAACGGACUCUCCUCCGUCGAGAUUGUUGCCCCUAACCUUCGUGCACUAGACUCCUAUCUGUGCGGCAUACAUCCGUCCUGGGACAACCUGCGAGUUCUCAAAACGUGUGGUCCUCUCGAGGGGAAAAGACUCGCUGCCCUGCGGCACUGCAUCCGACUGGAGGUGCUCAGUCUGUCGCACGAGUUUACAUAUGUCCCAUUACUGUCUGAAGAUUGCCGACCUAUCUCCUUUCCGAUGCUGCAGACGUUGGAGGUCGCCUGGGGCGCCGUCGAGAUCUGCCCUCUCCUCGAUGUGCCCGAACUCCGACACUUCAUCCUCAUCUCCAUCGACUGCGGUGCGCACUACGACUGGUACAAGAAGCUGGACUUACUAUGGCCGGUCACCCACAUCACGCUGCGAAACAUGCAUAUCCAGGAUGCAUACCCUGUCUCCCUGUUACGUCCCAUCAUCGCGAUCCCCUGGAGGUUGCAGAAGCUGUCCAUUGUCGAAGAGACUCCACCGACAGCAUUCGACGAUGGACAUUACUACGGGUUGCACGACGACUUGCUGCAAACGCUAUGUUUCGACAAGGCCGCUCCUUCCUUCGCGUACCUAUCGGAGUUGGAGAUCAUAACCGGUAGUGAAGGUGGUUUUGAAACUGGAGAUCUUGACAUUAUGCGGCGAAUCUUGGAGUCACGCAUCGCGCCCCCUCCUGGCUGCACUCCUCUGCAGCGACUGUCCCUGAAGUGUCUGUCCAGCAGCUACCUGUACAGUGAUCUAGAAGACUGGCUCAGAGCUCAAGGUCGCGAUGACAAGCGAAUCUUGAAUAUCAUUUCUGCCUCAUGUACACGUUUCGUAGGACCUUCAGAUGUAUUCAAAGCGGCCGCGUCUCUCGUGUAGCCACGAUGCUCAUCCCACUGUUGUAUACUAUGGACGCCAACGGAUUAUGAACGCACCGUCCUACGACACCAAGGACUUCUUGAUGUCCAUGUAAUGAUAGCGACGUACAAAGGUCCAUAUGAUCUUACCUGCCAUUGGGUUGAUAUACGACGACUCUACGUUGGCGCGGAUUCGAGGGUUCAGUGGAGAGCACAGUGGAGUUCGCUUCG